GCAGUAAAUUUUGGAACACAGCCAGAAUAUGUGUAUCAGGGGUAACAGUGUGCAUGCUGUUGUAAGUGUGAAGUGUGAUUUUAGUCUUUUUAUCCUACUCCGAACUGGUUGCCCAUACGGAUGUACAUUCAUAACUUUCUAAGAACAACAGUUUCGUUAUCGCACUGACACAUUCGCUUUUGUGUAAUACAGUUCUCAUACAACGGGUAGACAAUGAUCACGUGUCAUGCGUAUUAUGGGAAUAAAAUCUGGCAAUAAUGUAAAUGAUAAUGGUGGCAACAUCGCAACGAAAUUCAUAUCCUAUCGUCAGUGGUGAUCAGUGGAUUGUCAAGUGUGUUGUUGGUGUAGUGUACCGUUAUUGCGACUAAGAAGUUAUUCAGAACUACAAUUUACGAACAAAGGGUGCAUAUCCUGCAUGAUCCAAAACUGCAUCUAGGCUAUUAAAAUCUGGAGCUAAUUGCGGAAUAGCAAUAUCUUAUAUUGGAGAUACUGAAGAGAUCAACAGCAUCAGUAGAAAGAGAUAUAAAUUAAAAUUGCAAAAGUAUGCAAUAAAAAAUUAUAGGAUCAUAGUUCAGAUUGUGAACUUUGAUUAAAAAUGGAGAAAUCACAUAAAGACAUUCUUUAUCAUUUGAGGAGUAAUAUAAUAGAUGAUGUAGAUAUUGAUAACGACAUCAUACAACCUUUGACAUCUGAAUACAUUUUAACACAGGAGAAUAUAAAAUACAUUUACUCCGGAGCUACGAAACAGGAGAGAGCAGGAAUUUUGUUAAACAUACUUCCAGACUGUGGUUCAAAUGCUUUUGAUGUCUUUCAUCAAUCCUUAAAACAUCACUAUGACUGGAUUAGCGAUGAAAUAGAUAGAAUGUUGGGCAAUUAUGAAAUAGAAACAAAUGGAGAAAUAGAUUAUUAUGAUGGUCCUUCUAACAUUCCACCACUUUCUCCAUUAACAGUCACCAGGGAAGAAAAGGUUGAACAGUUAAAGGAAGCUUUACAACAAUUAAAUCCUACAGAAUAUGUUGCAUUACAUGGUAUGAAAGGAUUUGGAAAAUCAUGCUUAACUGCCAGCACUCUUAAGGAUGUGAAAUUAAGGAAAAUUCUAUUUUCGAAUAAAGUCUACUGGAUUAAGUUUGCAUGUGACCAUUCAGUUGAUGAAGAAAUACUGAUUCAAUUAAACACACUAUACCAUUACGUGAAAAAUUUAGAAAUCCAACUAGAAUUAUUCACUCCAUUAGGGAAAGAUUCUCUAAUCCGAUUUUUGAAACAUCAUUUUAAUAAACUAGAUAAUCGCAAUGCUUUAUUAAUUUUGGAUGAUGUUUUUGAUGAAAAAAUUAUUAACACUUUUGAUUUUGAAUGUAAGACUUUAGUUCUUACAGCUGAUAUCGAUGUUCUUCGUGGAAGAAUGCCCAAAGUAAUAAAGAUUAAUGACGGAUUUACAGAACCAGAGACAUUGGGUUUAUUUGCUAAAGUAUUGAAAGUAGAAGUAGAAGAAUUGCCUACAGAAGCAAAGAAAAUUCAUGAAGAAUGUAAAGGCAUGCCAUUACUUAUAGCUAUGUUUGCUGCACAUUUUGAAGAAUUUAAAGAUGACAUGAAAAUACGUAACACUAGAUGGAAAUAUUACCUGCAAUCUUUGAAGAAAAAAGAUGCAACAAACAAAGUAAUGAAAGAAUUUUUGAAAAAACAAGAAAUUAUUUUUGAUAUGUGCAUUGAACAAUUACAACCGGAUUUGAAAGAACGUUAUAAGAGUCUAGCUAUUUUUAGUGAAGAUGUUAACAUAACUCCGAAGACGUUGGAAAUUCUUUGGGGACAAGACAUAUUUCAAGUCGAAGAACUGAUGCUAGAUUUGUGCCAUAAGUCUCUUGCAGCUAAAAAAUGGAAUAAGGAUUUGAGAAGUUACAUUUAUGGUGUGCAUGAUUUACUGCUAUGUCAUCUAAGAAAAAAACUAACGCCAGAUGAAUUGACAAAGAUGCAUAGAUCUAUAGUUGAAAAGUAUCGCAAGUGUUGCGAUAACAACUUUUCAAAAUUGCCGGAUGAUAAUUACAUUUAUUCAUAUAUCGGUUAUCAUUUGGAGCAAUCGAAAUACUUUUCUCAAUUUCCACAACUUUACUUUGACUUUGAUUUUAUCCAAGCUAAAAUAAUGCAUGUGGGUCUAAGCGAUCUAUUACUGGAUUUGAAAAAAUACAGAGAAUACAUCACGUCGAAUAACGAUGAAAACGAAACAAAAGUGUCUGAUAUAGAAAGAUUCCUUCAAGAACAAGCAAGCGUUAUAAUAGAGCACAAACGUAAGAACUGUUUGGAUAUAAUACAAAUCGCAAUGAAUCAUUCAUAUCAAGGCUACGUCGCGCAGAAAGCGAAAUAUCUGGCUACGUCGAGAGAAAUGUAUUUGUACUUGUCUCAUGAUAAAAAACUUAAGCACAUCGAUAUACCAUUAACAGAGGAGAUAUCAACGAGCAUUUGCACGUCAUCUUUCACAGAUGAUCCUAACUUAAUUCUGACUGGAAAUGUAUCGGGCAAAAUAUAUUUGUGGAAUUGUGAAAGCAAGCAACCAAAAAUCUUUAAUGGUCAUAGUGAGGAGAGUUCUAUUAAAAAAGUGAUUGUAUCUACGAAUGGUGACUGCUUCUUAGCAUUGAGCAGUAUUGGUAUAAUAAAAUUAUUUCUUCUGUUGAAUGAUGAAGUAGAGCAGAAUCAUGUACACGUAGAUAGCCCACGACAAAAACAAAGUUGCUGGUCUGGUCUUUUUGGAAAUAUUAGUGACAAGGAUGACAGUUUAAUAGAAUUCUCGAUAAAGAAUGAGAUCAUACUAGAUAUGGCAUUCGGAUACGAAGACAAAUAUGUUGCUGCAUGUAGUAACAAAACAGUUAAGAUAUGGAAUCGACGUGGAGAAACUGUGUUUGAUAUAACAGAUUCCAAAUAUGAAUCCAUAAUAAAAAUAGCAUUUACGGCGAAAGCUUCAUUAUUACAUGUAAUGGAUGAGUCCAGAGGCGCAUUUGACUUAUAUUCGAAUGGUGGGAAUGAUUGUAGCAUUUAUGAAUAUCUCGCCUGUUAUAAUUUGCAAUUACAAGAAGAGAAAGUAAUCUUCUUUAAUCAUGUACCCAAUUUUCCUAACUCCUUAAUGAUUGUUACCGAAAAGAGAGCUAUGUAUGUAAAAUGGUGGUUGAACGACGAAAGAGACUACGGUGUGCAUAGUGUGCACAGUUUUGAUAAACAACUGAGAGCAUUUGUCGAAGAUGAUGCAGUAACUUAUAUCUGUGCGGCUGUAACUUACGAUGGUAAAUAUAUAGUUCUCGCUGAUUCUGCAGGCUUUAUAAAUGUAUGGAAUACUUAUUCUGGAUAUCAACCGGUUGCAACUUACAAAAGACGCGUCACAUCCUUGGAUACUUAUUGGUUAAGAAGCGAUGGUUAUCAUAUUAUCUGUGGAAACGGCGAUAGAUUACUUUAUAGAUGGAAACUCCCAGUAGAAUCAGAUAAAUUACCAAGGAAAUAUUUAUUUGAUGCUGUUGUUAAGCCGUAUAAUGAACUGGACACUAUAGUCAAAGAGAGUCAGGCAAAGAAAAUUGUAGUCUCAUAUGGAAAACGAACAAUUGAAUCUGAAUCUACCGAAGGAAAAAUAUUAAGUUUACAACUUUUCCCUGACGGAAACAAAGUAGCAUAUGUUACAGAAAAACAUGCUGUUAUGUUAUUUGAUAUAAUAAAUAGAAAAUUGGAUGUUAUUAUGAAAUUAAAUGAACCAAUUAGAUUUCUGCAGAUUAUAAAUAUCAAUAACUGUGACACAGUCAUAUGUGAAUGGACAGAUGGUAAACUGACGGUGUGGCAAGAAUUGGAACAAUUCGAAAUCAUAAUUGGAGGACGUAUCGCUUUCAUUCAUAAAUUAAAUGACAAUCACGUGAUAACAAUAACAACUAAUGGCAUAAUAAAAAUUUGGCAUACUGUGCAUAAGUAUUGGAAAAUGACAAACUAUAUUUGGCUCCAGCCGCCGUCAUCUAUUACAUUUAGCUGCUUGAAUUACAACAAAACUUAUUUAGCAGUCUUGAAAAAUUUGCAACAAUUAGAUAUAUACUUAUUUUACAAAACGCCGGAACACAACUUACAACUUCGUCGUGUGCCUUAUUUCGUACAUACUUUUGCACAGAAAACAACUUGCUGUGAUGUUUCUCAAAAUAAUCAAUAUAUCGCCGUUGGUUUUGAAACAGGAAAAAUUUCUAUUAUCGAUUUGUUUACACAAACGGAGAUCACUCAACUAUCUUUUCAUAGUAAUCCUAUUAGACAAUUGUCCUGGGCUCCUACUACCGCAGAUGCUUCCAUCUUACUAUCAUUGACAGACGAUGAACUAAUUUGGUGGAACAUCACUUUAUCGAAGAACAACGUAAAGAGAAGAAGCCGUAUGGGCAUUAGCCACAGUACAAGCACUCCUUCAUUAAGUAUGAAUACGUCGUUAAAUGUACAACUACCUAACAGCCGGAGCGAUAAUGGUGUAUCCAAUCUACAAAACAAUGACGAAUCAAGUGAAAGCAUUGCGAAUGACGUUAAUGACGUAAGUAAAUAUUGGAAGAACAAAAUAGUUAGAGAUUCCGAAAUACCAGGGUUAUUAGCGGUUAUCGAAUUACCACCAAGUCGCAAUGCAAAAAUAUGUAUUUCGUCUGAUUUUACUAAAUUUGUCAUGGCUGACAUGUAUGGAUCUGUCAGCACAUUUAAACUGAUAAAUUACAAGACUGGUUAAUUAUAAUCAGUUUAUUUCGAAGAUAAAAUGAUUAUAAAAUUAAUUUAGAAUGCAAUAUUGCAAACGUCCAAUUAAAUGUGAUAACAGUAUUACUAUAACAGGAUAUAAAUGCAGGAUACUGUUUUAACGUGCAUUCUGAAUAUUCUAUAAUCAUAUUACUAUAGAAAAAAAAA